AAAUCUAUUUCUUUGUUCUUGCUCUUUACCUCUCAGUAUAUUAGCAACAAAAGUUUUUUUUCCUAUUGUAUUGAUGGGUGGUGCUGAAAUCAGAAUGAGUGAUCCUAUGGUAUAAAAGAGUGUUUUUCUUCUUCUUUUUGCUAUUCAUUUAAGGUGUUAUUGGAAGAGAGACCGACGUGCAGUCCAUAUAUGGAUUACGGAAGCGGCGGCGGCGGAGGGAGUGGGUCCGGUGGGGACCACGACCCCUCCGACCCUUCUAGGCGGAAAAAGCCUUACCAUCGCCACACUGCACAUCAGAUUCAGCGGCUUGAAUCAAUAUUCAAGGAGUGCCCACACCCAGAUGAGAAGCAAAGGUUACAGUUGAGUAGGGAGCUGGGACUGGCACCCAGGCAGAUCAAGUUUUGGUUUCAAAACAGAAGGACCCAGAUGAAGGCACAACACGAAAGAGACGAUAACUGUGCUCUUCGUGCUGAGAAUGAUAAGAUCCGAUGUGAGAACAUAGCCAUCCGAGAAGCGCUGAAAAAUGUCAUCUGCCCUUCCUGCGGUGGCCCUCCUGUCUCCGAGGAUUCCUAUUUCGAUGACCAGAAAUUGAGGAUGGAAAAUGCCCAAUUAAAGGAGGAGCUUGAUAGAGUAUCUAGCAUUGCGGCCAAGUACAUAGGGAGGCCAAUCUCCCAACUCCCACCCGUACAGCCCAUUCAUAUCUCUUCAUUGGAUUUCAGGAUGGCGAGUUUCGACGGCUAUGGUGUUUCGGGUCCAUCACUUGAUCUAGAACUUCUCCCCGGAAGCUCAUCAGCAAUGCCAAAUUUACCUUUCCAGCCCGUCGUUUUUUCGGACAUGGACAAGUCCCUCAUGUCCGAUAUUGCCGCCAGUGCAAUGGAAGAAAUGCUCAGGCUCUUGCAGAGCAACGAGCCUUUAUGGAUUAAGUCCAAUGAUGGCAGAGAUGUUCUUAAUCUCGAAACCUAUGAAAGAAUUUUCCCUAGGCCUAAUACCCACUUCAAAUCUCCCAAUGUUAGGAUUGAAGCUUCGAGAGACUCUGGCGUUGUAAUCAUGAAUGGUUUAGCUUUGGUUGACAUGUUUAUGGAUUCUAACAAAUGGGUGGAUCUAUUCCCUACCAUUAUGUUGUUUGCCAAGACAAUCGAAGUGAUUUCAAAUGGGAUGUGGGGUACUCACAGUGGUUCUUUGCAAUUGAUGUAUGAAGAGUUGCAGGUGCUCUCCCCGCUGGUAUCCACACGCGAAUUUUAUAUCCUUCGAUACUGUCAGCAAAUUGAGCAAGGGUUAUGGGCUAUAGUAAAUGUUUCUUAUGAUUUGCCACAAUUUGCUGCUCAAUGUCGAUCUCAUAGGCUUCCUUCUGGGUGCUUGAUUCAAGACAUGCCUAAUGGCUACUCCAAGGUUACAUGGUUGGAGCACGUGGAGAUUGAAGAUAAGACUUCAAUUCAUAGACUCUACAGGGAUCUUGUGCAUAGUGGUUUGGCAUUUGGUGCGGAACGGUGGCUUGCAACUCUUCAGAGAAUGUGCGAGAGGAUUGCUUGCCUGAUGGUAUCAAACACGUCAACCCAGGAUCUUGGGGGAGUCAUUCCAUCUCCUGAUGGCAAGAGAAGCAUGAUGAAGCUUGCUCAAAGAAUGGUCACCAAUUUUUGCACAAGCAUCAGCACAUCAAAUAGUCAUCGGUGGACAACAGUUUCCGGUUUGAAUGAAGUUGGUGUCCGGGUAACUGUUCAUAAGGGUUCUGAUCCUGGACAACCCAACGGUAUAGUUCUUAGUGCAGCUACCACCUUCUGGCUUCCUGUCAGUCCACAAAAUGUAUUUAGUUUCUUCAAGGAUGAAAGAACCCGACCUCAGUGGGAUGUUUUAUCCAACGGCAAUGCUGUGCAAGAAGUUGCUCAUAUCGCAAAUGGAUCGCAUCCGGGCAAUUGCAUAUCUGUUUUACGAGCCUUUAAUACAAGUCACAACAACAUGCUAAUACUUCAAGAGAGCUGCAUAGACAGUUCAGGUUCACUAGUAGUUUACUGCCCAGUAGAGUUGCCAGCCAUUAAUGUGGCAAUGAGUGGUGAAGAUCCAUCAUACAUCCCAUUACUCCCAUCCGGUUUCACAAUCUCACCGGACGGCCAUCCGGACCAAGGGGGGGAUGGAGCAUCAACGAGCUCCAGCACCGAACACAGAAGCAUGGGAAGAUCCGGGGGUUCACUAAUUACAGUAGCUUUUCAGAUCCUAGUGAGCAGCUUGCCAUCUGCUAAACUGAACAUGGACUCGGUGACAACGGUUAGUAACCUUAUCGGCACCACGGUCCAGCACAUCAAGGCUGUUUUGAAUUGUCCGAGUUCCUGAGAACUUGCAUCCUUAAAUUCAAAAGAGGAGAUAAAUUGAAUGGGAUGUGUUUGAGGUUAGUUGGGGAUGUUGAACGCCCCUUCGUACUGGCACUGCACUCUCUCGUCAAGGAGCAGAAGCCUGCUUAUUUUCUUGUUGUUGUUGCUGCUGCUGCUGUUGUCCCGUUGUUUGCUCUGCCAAUCCAUCUACACCACCAACUAAUGUUUUGUUUACUUUGGGGGCUUUUCUUUUACAAAGGCAUUUUGGGUUUUUUUUUUUUUUUUGCAAUUUUACCUUGGAUGAAGAGUGGCUGCUAGUUUCUAGUAUUAAAAGAGAAGUCAAGAACGCACCAUAUCCUUAUUAUUUGCUAUCAUUGCUGGCUGCUGGACCUCACCUCACUUGUAUGGUUCGGGUAUUGACUUCUGUUCAUCAACUUGGCAGCUUUCAAAUUUAUCCUUUAUGAAUUAUUGAUUUAACCAAUCGACAAGGAUAUACAUUUUGGGGGGCAUGCGGGUCCAAAUCGGCUGACAAUUGCUGUCCCGUGCCGUGCGUAUGCAAUGCUGUUUGC